GGGGCAGAACGCUUCCAGCCCACUGGAAAGGGGACAGAAGCAGCAGCAGCAGCAGCAGCAGCAGCAGCAGCAGCAGCAGCAGCAGCAGCGAUGCUUUGCCGGAUGCACCUCGCACCAUUCGCCUCCAGCUCCCUGGCCAGCCGGCUGGGCACCGUGAGGACCCUCUGGCCACACGCAGAGACCAUCUUCACCGAGCUGCAGCAGGAGAUGGAGAAAGCUCGCGAGUUCAUGAGCAGCUUCGAGCAGCUCCUGAGCAACCACGGAGCCAUCGCCGCGGAGCACACCCCGAGCACCAGCGCAGCCCUGACCCAGGGCUCUGGGGACGGCUUCUCUGUCUGCCAGGACGUGAAGAACUUCGCUCCCGAGCAGCUGUCGGUGAAGGUGGUGGGCAGGAAGGUGGUGCUGGUGGGGCAGAAGGAGACGCAGAACGUCGAUGAGAAGGGCUCCUUCUCCUACAAGUACGAGGUGCUGAAGCGGGAGUGGGACGUGCCCGAGGAGGUGGACGCCGAAGCGCUGACCUGCUCCCUGUCCAAGGAUGGGCAGCUCCGCAUCGAGGCGCCCAAGCUGGCGCUGCCGGCUGCCCCGGAGAGGAACGUGCCCAUCCAGGUCAGCCCUGCUGCCCCACAGACCGGACCAGCUUCUGAGGAUGGAGCCACCAACAAAGCCCAGGUGUAACUGGAUGAGACCCGAUGGCCACGGCAGGACCGGAGCAGACAGGAGCAAGUCUCGGGGUUAAGCCCAGACAAGCUUCAUCAGCAAUGAUGUCAAUUUUUUUUUUCACUAUACUGGAAUGUUUUUGUAUCCAAUAAAAAUACUUUUGCAUUGAA